AUGAAUGAAGAAAGAAAUGAUCCAAUUCAAGUUGUUAAAAUUGAACAACCAAUAGAUACUAUUACCAUAUUAAGUUCUUCUACUUGUUCAUGUUUAUUACAAAAUAAUAUUUUAUUAUUUGGAAAGAAAGGUAUGAUGACUGCUAUUUCAUUAGACAAAAAUAAAAUGACUGUGUUACAUCAAUACUCAUUUAGUGGAACAAUAGAACAAAUGUGGUAUCACCAACAAAUGCAUUUACUUAUCUGUUUAAUUAAUAGUAAGCUUGAAUCAUUUCAAGUUGACUUAAAUAAAAAAGCAUCAAAUGAAGUAUUUAAACGCAUUACUACAAAACAAAUUAAAAAUACUGGACCGUUUGAAUGUUUUAGUACAUUUGUACGUAAAGGAGUAGUUUUUAUUGCUGCUGUAGAUACAAAAAAGAAGUCAUCAAUAACACUGAUUGAAUCCAAAACCGAUGGAAUAUUUUAUAAAGAGACUAAAGUUUGGAAUGCAGAAGAUAAAAUUGUUGGAUGUAAUUUUGUUAAUCAAAAUUUAGUUAUUGUUUAUUCCAACAAAAUACAAAUUAUUACAUUCUUUGGUAAAAGUGAAACUAUUUGUAAUAAGUCUAUUAAUCCAUUUAAAGGUAAACCAAGAUUUUUAGAAUUACAAUUAAAUCAAAUUCUUGUUCAUACAGGAAAUUGUGUUUAUUCAAUUGAAGAAGAUACAGUAAAUUUAGUUCCUAGUGAUUAUUCUGUUAUUACAAUAAGUAAAAUGUCUCCAUUUAUUUUCUUUAUGCUAGAAUUUGCACACAAUAAAUUUUAUAUUACUUAUAGAUUAGAACCAAUGACACAUACCUCACCACAUUCAUUAGAUUUUAGAAGACCUGAAUAUUAUAAAGGAAGUUAUAUGCAUGAAGCUGUACCAGUAUUUAUCAGUGGUACAAAUAAACAAUUAAUUUAUUUUACUCCAAAUCCUAAAUGGUAUGAAUCUGCAAUUCAAAAUGGACAUUACCAAAGUGCAAUUGAAUUUAUUACGUUAUUAGGAAAUAAUGCAGAUGACCAUUCAGAACAAUUUAAGCGAUGUGCUUAUACAUUAGGAGUAAUGAAUAAAAUUAUUGAAUUUUAUAAAAAUGAAGAAAACAGAACAUGUGAAAAUAUUAUAACUAUUUUAAAUGAUUUUAAAAUGGGUGGAAUUAGUCCAAAGAAUAUAUUAGUCUUUUUAGAAUUAUUUUUAUUCCAUGAUUUUAUUACAGACCUUCAUACAUUAUUUCAAGAUUGGUUUACUGUUUCUAUUGAAAAUUGGAAGAAAGAUAUGGUUAAAACCUUCCCUGGACAACUUGUAAAAAAUCUUCAAGAUGCUUUAGAAGAAGUUAUUAAAGAAAAAAAUACUGCAUUAAAAAAUAGUAAAAGUGUUCCAUUACAAAAUCGUUUUAAUUCAGAAGGACAUUCUACAAAAGAAAUUAUUCAAGCUAUUGUUACUUAUCUCAUGGCAGUAAAAUCACAAAUCGUUAACAAAGAACAAAUCGAUGGAGAAACAAGUGAAGAAAGAGAAAUAUUUUAUACAUCAUUAGUAGUUAUUGUUUAUUAUCUCUCACCUAAUUCUAAAGAAAUGCUUGAAUUAUUACAAAAUACUAAAUUCCUUUUUAAAACAGUUAUCUUAAAAAUUUUAGAAGAGAAUACAACAAUUAACAAAAAGUUACUUAUUGAGUAUUAUAUUUCUCAAAACCAUAUUGAUGGAGUAUUUAAUAUUAGUGGAAUUAGUUAUUAUGAUAAAAGAAAUGCAGUAAUUCGUAUAUUACAAAAGAAAGAAAAUGGUGAUAGAAAUAAAAUUUAUAAAAAAAUUGAAGAACUUAUUGAAGAAAAAAUAGAAAAUAACGGUGGAAGAAAAUUUAUUGAAGAAAAUAAUAUGAAAUUACAAGACGAAUUAUAUUUAAUUUUUGGGAAAGAAAAAUCAGUAUUAGAUCUUGAUGAAAUUUGUAAUAUUAUUGAAGGGUGGGAAUUUGGUAUUAAAGAAGAAAAUGAAAUAAAUGAAUUUAGAAGUAGAUUAAGUUGUUUAUAUUGUUUAAAAUGUUAUAAAGAACAAGGAGAAACAGAAGAACUUGGUAAAGAAGUUAUUGGUAAGUAUAUUAUUCAUAUUGGAUAUGCCUCAAUAAAUAAUAUCAUAUUAACUGAAGAAUAUAUUAAAUCGUUUAUUGAAAUAUCAAAUAAAUAUCCUUCUGUUGUAGAAAAAAUUAAUUAUUCAAUAAUUAGUCCAUUGUAUUAUAAAAUUAGAGCUUGUAUUGGUCUUGUUCAACACCAAGAAUUAAUGCCAAUGUUAUUACAAAUUUGUAAAGAAUUAAGAGGACAAGAAGAAAUUUUAGAUAAUAUUUAUAAUGAUUCGUUUAAUCAAUUAGUCAAAUUCAUGUUAAAUUUAUUUAAUCAAAAAAAAAUUACACAUAGUAUAACUAAUGAAUCAUUAAUGACAUUGUUAUAUUCUCCUUCUAUUCAAAAGGUUCUUAAAGAAGAAUACAUUCCUUUGUCUCGUGUUAAUAAUUUGUUUGCUGAAAUUUCACUUAUUAUCUUUACAUCAACAAAUCCUAUUGAAGUUUAUCAUCAAAUCCAUCAACAAAUUGUUGAAGAUCAUCUUCCAGGUACAGUUAUUAGAUUUAUAUGGGAUCUUGCUGAUCCAACAACACUACCUAUUAAAGGAGGAGAUGAAGAAAUUAAAGAAGAACUAAAAAUAUUUGAAGGUGAUGAAGAUAGACAAAGUAUUUUAGAAGGAAUUAUUGGAUAUUUAGAAAAGAAAAAGACUAAAAAACCAGAAGGAAUGUUAUUAACUGAUUGUUAUCUUGAAUACUUAAAAAUUGCUACUAGUGAUAGAUUAAAUGCUACAUCUAAAUUAAAUGAUCAAAUGCAAAAUACUCCGUUAUUACAAAAACAUAUUGAAAAAGAUUAUGAUAAAUUACCUUGGAUAUUACGUUGUAGAAUUCAACAUACUAAAUGUAAAUAUAAAGGAUUAUUAGAAUAUUUUAAACAAAUGGAAAAUCAGUAUUCACCUACAUUUGCUGAAGAUUCUUUUUGUGAAUUAGAUAAUUUUAUUAGAAGAUUUGAUUGUACAUUUAAUUUCGAUGGAACUUCAGGAAGUAUUGCUAAAAUGGUUAGAUUAAUUAGACAAAAUUAUCGUCCAUUCAAUAAAGUUCAUCCAAAUCAUAUUGGAGCUGAAACAAUUAUGUAUUGUGUUUGUCAAAUGAAUAUCAGUACAAAUACUUCUGCUUUAUUAUCUUUUUUGGUUCAUUUAUUAUUAGAGAAAGACAAUAAAUCAUUUAAUAAUCCAUUUCCAAUUUCAUUUGCAUUAGAAUUAUAUGGUCGAUUCUAUCCUAUUAUUCCUUUAAAAUUUACUGAAGGUGAAUUUAAGUGGCUUGGUGUUAAAUUUGAUACAUUUGAUUUAAAUAUUAAUAUCGAAACUUGUUUAUUCAACAAGAUGCUUGAUCGUGUAGAAAGUUUUGAUGAUUUACAAAUUUUACUUCCUGCCAUUUAUUCUUAUGCUCGAAAAUAUUUCUACCUUUCUAUUUAUUCAAAUGCUAUUAAAGGAUUAACCAUAAAUUCUAAUAAACGUUAUGAAAUUAUUGAUCGCAAAACAGUUUGUUACAAAUGUCAUGACCAAAUAUCAGCUACAAGUGCUUUUGUAGUGAACAAUGGCCAAUAUGCUCAUGAAGAUUGCAAUGAAUUAAACCUUGAAAACCCAAUUAAUUGA